AUGAAUAGCAUCAUCUUACUCUAAAUUGUGAAAGGAAUUAUACUGAAAUUAACAAUUUUCAAUAUAAAUUCCAUUUUUUAACAAAAAAAACAGAGAGUUUAGGAAAAAGUUUAGUUCAAAAGGCAGUUAUAGAAGGUCGAUUUAACACUGCCAUAGAAUGAAAAGACGAAAAUCUUACGUCAGAAGCAAUUCCACUAAAAGACAUCCUGAACUUCAAUUUGAACUCAGUCCCAAAUCUUUAUGAGUACAAUCCUGCCAAAUCAUUUUUCAAAAUCGACUUUACAGACCACGAUAUGAUGGCACGAGCAAUUACAAAGGUCACCCCACCAAACGAAAAGUUUAAAGCUGUCUUUCUUGAAGAGCCAAUGAGCAUAUGCGGGAUUAAUUAUAUGGGAAAAAUCGUCAUAAGUCAUCCUGACAAUGUAUCUUUCACGAUUUACCUUCCAGGAGAGCUUACUUAUGACCCAGCCGCAAGAUUUAGUAACGAAGAAGAUUGCUUAUGGGUCGAUUCUUCUCAGUUUACUCUAAUUAUCGCUUUUACGGUGGUUUUGAUCAAGGCAGCAAUGGUGGGAGCCCCAAAGGAUUUUUUAAAGAAAACUUACCUCAUAACAAAGCCAAUUAUUUCUCAGUAUUAUAAAAAGGAGCUUUUGUUCAGAUGGAUGUAUAAACAAGUAAAAUUUGCCUGCAUUAAAAAAGUGCAACCUGCGCCUUAUGGAGAAAUUUUAGCCAAAAGAAGCUUCACAACAGUUUUAUUAGGGAAGCAAGCCCCAAGUGCGCAUACAAAGCUAUAUUUAGAAAAUUAUUUAAAACUUAAAACUGGAGGAAUUCCAAAUGAAACAAUAAAGAUACCCACCCAAUAUUUCGAAGAACUCAAAGAGGACACAGAAGUAGAAGAUGAAAUAAAAAAAGCAGCUGAAGCUAAUACAUCUCGUAAUAAUAUCCUCUUUUAGUUGAAUAAACAUUCAAGGUGCCUAUUUAGAAUGCAACUAUCUUUGUUGUCUAUAUAAUUUAAGAGGCUAUAAGCAUACCCUAGCGCUAACUUCACUCCCAAUUUUGGUUGAAGACACAAAUGGUGGACCAACUAUUGACGAAAUUGAAAUGGAAAUUGAUAACAUCUGUGAAGGCUAUAUCAGAGCAAUGGACAUCAAUUUCUUCAAAAUUGAACAGCUACUUAAAGAUGGAAAGCGUUACGAAGAUCCAAUGGAAGACCCCAAAUUCGCAAUAGAGUCCUCAUUAUCAUCCCAAUGCCCUAUUUUUUAA